CCCCCCUUGUUGUGUCGUACCUUAUUCCAUCAAUUGGUAUCAGAGCUACGGGCUCUGAAUAUACAGAACACUUAACCGUGUUAGAGUUAAUCGAUCAAACAGGAAAUGACUGAUACAAAGUUUAUAGCUGAAGGAGGAUCAUCACACAGGCCUCCUUACUUUAAUGGUUCUGACUACUACUACUGGAAAGGUAAGAUGAGAUUGUUUCUACUAUCUCAAGAUAACAACAUGUGGUCUGUGGUUGAAAAUGGAAACUACACUCCAAUGACUACUGCAACAGACACAGUUGCGUCAGUUCCAAAAACUCAGUCACAAUGGACAAAAGAAGAAAACGACAAGGUACUACUAAACUCUAAAGCUCAAUUUAUAAUAUCAUGUGCUCUUAGCAGGGAAGAAUAUGACCGGAUAGAGGAAUGCACAACUGCCAAAGAAAUCUGGGAUGCUCUCAAAAUACAUCAUGAAGGAACAAAUCAUGUUAAAGAAGAAAGAAUUGAUCUUGGAGUCAGGAAAUUUGAAACCUUCGAAAUGAAGGAAGAAGAAACCAUAGAUGAAAUGUUCUCCAGAUUCACUGUAAUUGUCAAUGAACUUAGAUCACUUGGUAAAGCUUAUACUGCUCAUGAAAGAAUCAGAAAAAUUCUAAGAUGUCUCCCAAAAAUUUGGAGACCUAUGGUAACAGCUAUAUCACAAGCAAAAGAUCUAAAGAUUCUACAAGUUGAAGAACUUAUAGGAUCUCUUCGUGCUCAUGAAGGUAUCCUCAAUGAAGAUAAACCACAAAGAAAAGGUAAAAUGAUAGCUCUUAAAAUCUCUCAAAAUUCUGCAUCUAAAAUCACCACUUCACAAGGAACAACUGAAGAAGAUACCGGAUUUCUAUCUGAGGAUGAAAAUGAUCUGGCUUUAAUCUCUAGAAGAAUUCAACAAAUGAUUUUAAAAAGAAAUCAAAACAGAAAAUCAUUUCAACCCAGGAAAGAAUACCAAAAACCUGAGAUUGAUAAAAGCAAGAUUACAUGCUAUGGAUGCAACAAACUUGGACACUUCAAAACAAAAUGUCCACUCAAAACUCAUAGGAACUUCUCCUAUAAAAAAUCCAUGCUUCCACAAUGGGAUGACUCAGAGAACUCUAACUCUGAAGCCGAAGAUGAGGAAGCCAACUUAUGCCUGAUGACUAACUCCGACUCUGAAGAGGUAAAUACACUAAACUAUUGUUAUACCUGCAAAGAAAUAGGAAUUCUAUUCGACAAUUUAUUAGAAGAUUCAAAUAUCUUAACUCAGAAAUGUUUCUUUCAAAAAGAACAGAUUCACACUCUUAAAACUGAAAAAGAAGAUCUAAUAAAAUCCAACCUAAAACAUUUAGAAACCAUUAAGGAGUUACAAAAGGCAUAUUCUUAUUCUCUAGGAAAAUUUGAUUCAAAAUCUGACAAAGGCAUCUUUCUUGGUUAUUCCUCAACAUCAAAAGGUUACCGAAUUUACAAUUUGAAAAAUCAAUGUGUAGAAGAAAGCAUGCAUGUUAUGUUUGAUGAACUAAAUGUUGCAGCUUUAGAAAAUUCUCACGAGGAUGAAGUAACCGAUUUAGAAGCAAAUCCUAACACUCAAUCAACAGAUACAAGCAACACUAUGAACAUUAUCCAAGAAGCUAAAAACAACUCUGAACAACCUACAGCAAAUCCUCCGAAAGGAUGGAAAAGUGUAACUGAUCAUCCUCAUGAACAAAUAAUAGGAGACACCUCUGAUCAGGUAGAACCAAAGAAUAUCAAUGAAGCAUUAAAAGAUGAAUCUUGGAUGGAAGCCAUGACAGAAGAAUUAUCUCAGUUUGAGAAAAGCCAAGUUUGGAAACUAGUUCCUUACCCUCAAGAUAAAACUAUUAUUGGUACAAGAUGGGUGUUCAGAAAUAAACUUGAUGAAAAUGGAAAAAGGAAAAAUUGA